AUGUCCCCGGAGGGCGUGGUCGGCCCUGGCAUAACCAAGCGGCCGCCGCAGCAAUGCCCGGACGCCCGGCGCGCGGAGGCACAGGAGGGUACGGUGGAGCAGGACACAGGGCCAUGGAUCGCGAGGAAGAAGGUCACGGCGCUCGCCGUCUGCCUCGUCGCGCUGCCCGUCCUGAUGACCACGGUUAGCCGCCGCGACGCGCCGUGGACGGCCGCGUCCUUCUGGCCGUUGGCGUCCACAUCCACGCAAGGCGCUGAUUUUCCUGCGUUUCCACGUGCAAUUCGCGAUGCAGAGAAGCUUCUCGGCGGCCUGCUCGUCCCGGGGUUCGACGAGCGCUCGUGCCUCAGCCGCUACCGCUCGGCGUUCUACCGCAAGAACAUGGCGCGGUCCCCGUCCGCGCACCUCGUCAAGCGGCUGCGCGAGCACGAAGCGCUGCAACGGCGGUGCGGCCCGGGCACCGAGGCGUACAGGGCCGCUGCCGCGCGGCUCAGGUCCUGGCACGGUGACGGCGACGCGCCGGGCGCCUGCAAGUACCUCGUCCUGGUGCCGUACCGGGGCCUCGGGAACAACAUCCUGGCCAUGGCGUCGGCGUUCCUCUACGCCGUGCUCACCGACCGGGUCCUGCUCCUCGACCGGACGACGUCGCUGGGCGACAUCUUCUGCGAGCCGUUCCCGGGCGCGUCGUGGCUGCUGCCGCAGAGCUUCCCGGUCAGGAACCUCCAGAACCUGACCGGCGAGGUGCGGGAGAGCUACAGGUACCUGGUGCAGGGCGACGACGCCGCGGCGUCCGUGUCCCGGCGUCGCUACGUCUUCGUCGACCUCGACCACUCCUGCACCUACCACGACAAGCUCUUCUUCUGCGACGACGAGCGGCGGUUCCUCCGCCGCGCGCCGUGGCUGCUGAUGCGGACGGACGGCUACUUCGUGCCGGCGCUCUUCCUGAACCCGGCGUACCAGGAGGAGCUCGACCGGCUGUUCCCGCAGAAGGACGCCGUGUUCUACCUCCUGGCGCACUACCUCUUCCACCCGACGAACAAGGUGUGGGGGCUGAUCACGAGGUUCCACGACUCGUACCUGAAGAACGCCGACGAGCGGCUGGGCAUCCAGAUCAGGGUGUUCGACGGAGACACCCCGUUCCAGCACAUCCUGGACCAGAUCCUCGCCUGCACGUCGCAGGAGCACCUGCUCCCCGACGUGGUGACGCAGGAGCCACCGCGUCCACCGGCGGCCGGCACGCGGUCGAAGGCUGUUCUGAUGACCGGGCUGAGCUCGUGGUACUACGAGAACGUCCGGUGGAAGUACUGGCAGUCGGCGACGGCCACCGGCGAGGCCGUGAGCGUGUACCAGCCGAGCCACGAGGAGCACCAGCUCUCCGGGUACACGACGCACGACAUGAAGGCGCUGGCCGAGAUGUACCUCCUGGGCAUGACCGACAAGAUCGUCACCAGCGGCUGGUCGACGUUCGGGUACGUCGGCCACGGGCUCGGCGGGCUCACGCCGUGGGUCAUGUUCAGGCCCGAGAACCACACCGCGCCCAGCCCACCGUGCCGGCGAGCCAAGUCCAUGGAGCCCUGCAUGCACGGGCCGCCGUUCUACGACUGCCGGGCGAAGCAGGGCGCCGACACGGGGAAGCUGGUGCCCCAUGUCCAGCACUGUGAAGACAUGAGCUGGGGGCUGAAACUUGUGUCACCCUGA